AAUGAUCCUUACUCAGUACUGCUGCCACAGAGUGCAAAGGUUGUCUUUUCUUUUUCCCCCAAACAUUGUUCUUAAAGGACACGCCCUCUGCUUCCACUCCCCUUAUAGACUCUCUCUUCCUGGAGCACACUCAACCCCGAACACGUGGUGAUGAGCUAUCCAGGUUAUCCUCCUCAGUCGGGCGGCUACCCACCACAAGGUGGCGGCUACCCACCACAAGGUGGCGGCUACCCACCACAAGCGGGCGGCUACCCUCCUCAGGCUGGCGGAUACCCGCCGCAAGCAGGGGGCUAUCCACCCCAAGCCGGCGGCUACCCACCCCAGGCAGGCGGCGGCUACCCACCCCAGGCAGGCGGUGGCUAUCCGCCCCAGGCGGGCGGUUACCCUCCAGCUGGGGGCGGCUAUGCUCCCCAGGGUGGCGGCUACCCUGCCCCAGCUGGAGGUUUCCCACCUCAGGCUGGAGGAUACCAACAGCCUCAGCCAGGAGGAGGCUAUCCAUCCAUGGCAGGAGGUGGUGCUUGGGGGGCGGCACCAGGAGGCUUUGGUGCACCAGGUGGCCCUCCACAGGGAUACCCCGGGGGGGCGGCGCCAGGCCAGCAACCUGUGCCCAACUACCCCAGCGGAGGCGGCGGCUAUGGCGGCGGAGUUCCAUCCAAUCUUCAGGCACCCGCCAUCCCUAAGGGCUACAGGGGCUCUAUUAAGGACUUUCCUGGGGCCGAUCCUCUGAGGGAUGUGGAAGUUCUUCGGAAGGCAAUGAAGGGUUUCGGCACUGACGAAAACGCCAUCAUUGAGCUUCUGGGAAGCCGUAGCAAUAAGCAGAGAGUUCCCAUGGUGGCAGCCUACAAAACAACUUAUGGAAAGGACUUACUCCACGAUUUGAAGUCUGAGCUGACUGGAAACUUUGAGCAUCUGGUUCUGUCCAUGAUGAAGAGCCCGGCCUACUUUGACGCGUCUGAACUCAGAGAGGCAAUCAAGGGUGCCGGGACGGACGAAGCUUGCUUGAUUGAGAUUCUCUCGUCUCGCUCCAAUGCGGAGAUUCGAGAAAUUGUCCAGAUUUACAAAGCAGAGUACGGUAAAAGUCUGGAGGACGCCAUCAACAGCGACACCUCCGGUCAUUUCCGAAGACUCCUGGUUUCUCUCUGUCAGGGCAAUCGUGACGAGAGGGAAAAUGUGGACAUAUCGCUGGCUAAACAAGACGCUCAGAAACUGUACGCCGCGGGGGAGAACAAAGUGGGCACGGACGAGAGUCAGUUCAACGCCAUCUUAUGUGCCCGUAGCAAGCCUCACCUGCGGGCAGUCUUCCAGGAGUACCAGCAGAUGUGCGGGCGUGACAUCGAGAAAAGCAUCUGCAGAGAAAUGUCAGGCAACGUGGAGUCGGGCAUGGUGGCGGUGGUGAAAUGCAUCAAAAACACCCCCGCCUACUUUGCCGAGCGACUGCACAAGGCCAUGCAGGGUGCCGGGACCAAGGACAGGACUCUGGUCCGGAUUAUGGUGUCCCGCUCCGAGAGUGACAUGCUGGACAUCAGGCAGGCGUACGUGAAGACCUACGGGAAGUCGCUGUACACCCACAUCUCCGGCGACACCUCCGGUGACUAUAAGAAGUUGCUGUUGAAGCUGUGCGGUGGUAACGACUAAAAAAAAAGGAAGACCUACUGCAUCACGAGGGCGGGACAUACAGUACAUACUUAAAAUACAACCCGCAGCGACAAAUUUAUAUCGUAUAUAGACGCCUUGUUAUUAUUUAGCCGUGUUUGUCAUAGCUUGCCAAAUAGACCUCAUUGAUCGGCAUCUCAGAAUCAUAGACGUCCGUCCCCGGAAAGCCGUCUGAAAACAGUCAUAAUUUGGCUCAGGUAUACCUCAAGACACCUCCGUGUUUGAAUUGAAUUGAUUCUGGGUGGAUGUUGUGAUGCCUGCUGCCGCCAUCUAGUGGCAGGCUAUGAGUUUCACUCAUCACUUCAAUCUUUUACUUCGUUCAUUAAGCACUCUUGCCAAGUCAGCAGUAGUUUUCUUUUAUAAACGUAUGAUAGAAGUAUUUUUGGGUCGCCAAAACAUUUCAAAUUGUGAUUCAUGUGCUAAAUAUCUGCAAUUAUUACUUAUGCACUAACCUGAACUCCUCGUGCCUGCUAGCCUAUGCAAAGUUAACACCACCGCCUUAUAUGUUUCGCUUUAGAUGACUCAAACUGGUUUUCUGAAAGUUCUGAACCAGUGGACUUCCUUGUUAGGGCCACUUGAGGGCGCUGUCAACACAUUUUGCAACUGAAUGUCUUUUUUCCAUUUGACAAUCGUUUUAAAGCUUGACAUGUAUGAAACACACCAACUAAUAUCAUCGUUGUUAUUUCAAUUAAAAAUACACACACAAUACA